AUGGACAGUGCAACCUAUAAUCACCUUCUCCAAGAGGUUGUGAAAGAGGUGGAGAACAACAUCAUAAUAAUGAAUAACUAUAUUUUGGGUAUCGAUCUAGGUACGACAUCAGUAAAAGUAACCGUUAUCAAUGGAGACACAAAAGAAUUGGUCGAACAUUACACGAAAGAUACAAAUUGCGAAGUACCGAAUAACAUUGAAGGUGGGCAUGAACAGCACGUACCAACAAUUAUAUCAACCUUGAAUAUUUGCGUUUCUAAAAUCAGCGACUGUCUACGUAAAAGAAUAUCUAAAAUAGGAGUGUGCGGACAGAUGCAUGGGGUACUGUUUUGGAAAAUAGCUAAAUGGCAACCGCCUUGGAUAUUCCAAGGCAAAACCUACAGAAUUGAUGAGAAUUCAGUAUCAAGAUUGUACACAUGGCAAGAUUCAAGGUGCGAUUCAGGUUUUUUGGCAUCUUUGCCUAAACCCGACUCACAUUUAGGUAUAUCGUCAGGCUAUGGAAUACCGACAACAUUUUGGAUAAAAAGAAAUAGACCAGACUUUUUAAAAAAGUAUAACCGUUCUGGACUCAUAUCAAGUUUCGUUGCAGCUAUGCUAACCGAUCAAGACACAGUUUAUACAUCUUAUCAAAAUGCUGCUAGCUGGGGCUACUUUAAUUGCCGGGACUUAGAAUGGAAUAUAAAAAUAUUAGAAAGGGCUGAUUUCCCAAUAGAACUACUACCCAGGCUCAGACCUAGCAGAGACAUUAUAGGAACCUUAAAGAACAAUUGGCAUAAUAUACCUGAAGGCAUACCAGUUGGAGUAGACUUGGGAGAUUUGCAGUGUUCAGUACUUUCUACUAUAAACGCGGAACAAGAAGCUGUCAUCAACUUUUCCACUUCAGCCCAAAUUGCUUAUAUCGUUAAUAAUUUCAUUCCCCCCAACGGUCCUCCUUUGGUAAAUCCAAUUUCAUACUGGCCUUAUUUCGAUAAUCAGUUUGUUGCAGUAGCACCUUCCCUAAAUGGAGGAAACGUAUUGACCUUAUUCGUUAAUAUGAUAGUCGGUUGGCUGUCCGAAUUCGGAGAAUCAGUAGACCAAGAUGAUAUUUGGAAGAGACUGAUAUCUCUCGGAUUAGAAGACAAAACGCAAUCGAAUCUACAAAUAAAGCCGACAUGUAUGGGAGAACGUUUUGACACUAGUUUAACGGCUUCUGUUAGAUACGCUACCGGUAACAAUGUACCUUUAGGUCACGUUUUUCGAGUACUUUGCACAGGACUUAUACAAAACUUAAACGAAAUGCUACCCGCGAAAGUUCUAAAAGCUGCUAAUAUCAAGAGAUUAGUAGGUAACGGACAAAGCUUGCAACGCAAUAUGAUUCUCAAGAAUGAAAUUGAAAGAAUUUACCAGCUACCGUUGGUUAUUGGAGAUGGAGAUGCGAGUAAAGGAGCGGCUUUGGCGAUGUCUGUAGGUGGUUGUAGAUUUACUGAUUCUUCGGUAUCAGUUUGUCAUGCGUGUCCUCUAAAUGCCUAG